AUGGGGCCAGAUGGGUUACACCCAAGAGUGCUGAAGGAGGUAGCAGAGGAGCUUGUUAAACCACUCUCCAUCAUUUAUCAGCAGUCCUGGUCUAGUGGGCAGGUCCCAGAGGACUGGAGGUUGGCCAAUGUGACACCUUUCUACAAAAAGGGUAGGAAGGAUGACCUUGGGAACUACAGGCCUGUCAGCCUGAUCUCAGUGCCGGGGGAGGUCAUGGAGCAGAUGAUCGUAAGUGAGAUCAUAAAUGUCUUUGCGAGACUGUGGCACCUUAAAGUAAAUAAGUUUCUUAAGUACUGUUUUUGUUUGGGAUUUUUUUUUUGUUUUGUUUUUUUGCUUUUAAGGUUUACAGCUCGACUGUUAGUAGAGACCAUAUUUGAAAGGGGGAUGACCAUUUGUUUUGCAUAUGGACAAACAGGCAGUGGAAAACCCCAUCUAAGUACUAUGGGUGGUGACUUUUCAGGAAAGAGCCAAGAUUGUUCUAAAGGAAUAUAUGCACUCACAGCUCGACAUGUCUUUUUAAUGAUAAAGAAGCCAAACUAUAAGAAGUUAGAACUUCAAGUAUAUGCAACAUUUUUUGCGAUCUGCAGUGGUAAGGUCUUUGACUUGUUGAACAGGAAGUCAAAAUUAAGAGUGUCAGAAGAUGGUAAACAGCAAGUCCAGGUGGUGGGAUUUCAGGAAUGGGAAGUCAAAUGUGUUGAAGAUGUUCUUAAACUUAUUGAAAUAGGCAACAGCUGCAGGACACCUGGACAGACAUCUGCAAAUGAACGCUCAUCUCGAAGCCAUGCAGUAUUUCAGAUUAUUCUUAGAAGAAAAGGGAAACUGCAUGGUAGAUUUUCUCUGAUUGAUUUGGCUGGCAAUGAAAGAGGAGCAGAUACUUCCAGUGCAGAUAGGCAGACUUGACUGGAAUGUGCAGGUAACAAAAGCCUUUUAGCACUCAAGGAGUGCCUUAGAGCCUUAGGCUGAAAUAAACCUCAUACACCAUUCAGAGCAAGUAAACUUAGUCAAGUGCUAAGAGAUUCAUUCAUAGGAGAAAACUCCCAUACCUGUAUGAUUGCUACAAUUUCUCCUGGGAUGGCAUCAUGUGAAAACACUCUAAAUACAUUGAGACACACAAACAGGUAUGGAAAAUGUUAUUGUUUAUAGCUAUAUGAGCUGUUGGUCACUAAUGUUUGGAAUACUGUU